AGGUGAUCACCAUUGUUAAAAUAAAGUUGGAUCAAAAAACAACAACUUUACUGCCAGCGUGCGCGCGCCCCACCUUGUUUCGGUCACGUGACGUGAGCUCACGAAGAUGGUGGAAGUUUCUUCUUCCGUGAAGUGAAACCCGGACUGAAACCCAAACAAGCCUCACACCGAGGGCUGGGACUUCGCUUCAGCGGCACCGGCUCGGUUGUACAGCCUCUCUCGGGACCAGGGCCUUCAUCCCAGCCCUAUGUCAUGGCUAGUGGAGUCACCAAGUCGGGCACUUCCAAUGGUUACCCUAUGAAGGCACAGCUGCAAAUCAUUGUGCUAUCAGCAAAACUGAAAGAGAACAAGAAAAACUGGUUUGGCCCCAGUCCUUACGUGGAAGUGACAGUCGAAGGCCAGUCCAAAAAAACUGAGAAAUGCAACAACACCCACAGCCCCAAAUGGAAGCAGCCGCUCACUGUGAUUGUGACUCCAUUCAGCAAACUGUCGUUUCGCGUGUGGAGCCACCAGACCCUGAAGUCAGACGUGUUGCUGGGCAUAGCCACGCUGGACAUCAGUGACACACUCAAAGCUAACGACAUGAAAAUCGCUGAGGUGGUGCAGACCUUACAGCUGUGUGCAGACAGAGACCAGACAGAUGUGGUGGGAGAUCUGUCUGUGUGCCUGGACGGCAUGAAUGUUGACCCAGAGAUGUUCGCCAUGACCGAGGCUGACCAUCAGAGUACACCAAAUGGAGAAUCACAACCUAAUGGGGAUCAUGCCAAAAAGCCGAGUCGAGACAGCUCUCCAGCUGUGGAUGGCGUAGAGCACAGGUCUUCUCCCACUGCUCGGAGGUCAGUCAGCGCCUCAGGGUCUCCCUUGGUGUCAUCAGGGGGCUCAAAGCCUCUACGACCACCCAGGCCCUCUAGACCUCCUCCUCCGACCCCCCGCAGACCCACCUCUUCACCAGCCUCUUCCAGCAACGGCUCUGCACCAGCUGAUGGUAGUGAUGCUCAGUCAGGUUCUGACACACCAGUACGAACACCUGCAUCAGGACCGUCAUUGACCCCAGACUCCAGUCCAUCGGCAGGCUCAGACAGGAACUCCACGCCGGCCCCCAGCUCUGGAGCGACAGCAACCAGACAGCCAACCAUCAACCCAGUGGUCACACCCAGGGUCCCUGCUGUCAACACCGGCCCACUGCCCCUUGGGUGGGAACAGAGGGUUGAUCAGAAUGGCAGGAUGUAUUUUGUCGAUCAUGUGGAAAAGAGAACGACGUGGGAACGCCCCGAACCAUUGCCCUCUGGCUGGGAGCGCCGUGUCGACCAGAUGGGGCGAGUCUACUUUGUCGACCACAUUACACGAACCACCACGUGGCAGCGCCCUACAAUGGAGACGGUGCGGAACUAUGAGCAGUGGCAGCACCAGCGCAGCCAGCUGCAGGGCGCCAUGCAGCAGUUCAACCAGAGGUUCAUAUUCGGGCUACAAGACCAGGUCACAGCCACUCAGAAUAAGGAGUUUGAUCCUCUCGGGCCUCUGCCGCAUGGAUGGGAGAAGAGAACAGACACCAAUGGCAGAGUUUAUUUUGUACAUCACCCCACACGCUCAACACAGUGGGAGGACCCACGUACACAGGGGUUGCUCAAUGAGAAGCCACUUCCAGAGGGCUGGGAGAUGAGGUUCACAGUCGAUGGCAUUCCCUACUUCGUAGACCACAACAGGAGAACCACCACCUACAUCGACCCUCGCACUGGAAAGUCCUCACUUGAAAACGGACCUCAGAUCACAUACGUGCGUGACUUCAAGGCCAAAGUACAGUACUUCAGAUUCUGGUGCCAGCAACUGUCAAUGCCUCAACACAUCAAGAUAAACGUGACCAGAAAAACCCUCUUCGAGGACUCCUUCCAGCAGAUAAUGAGCUUCAACGCUCAGGAUCUACGAAGGAGACUGUGGAUCAUCUUCCCUGGAGAAGAGGGCCUUGAUUAUGGAGGUGUCGCCAGGGAGUGGUUCUUCCUGUUGUCCCAUGAGGUCUUGAACCCCAUGUACUGCCUGUUUGAAUACGCCGGUAAAGAUAACUACUGUCUCCAGAUCAACCCCGCCUCCUACAUCAACCCUGACCACCUCAAGUAUUUUAAGUUCAUUGGACGCUUCAUUGCCAUGGCUCUUUUCCAUGGCAAGUUCAUCGACACUGGUUUCUCGCUGCCGUUUUACAAGCGCAUCCUAAACAAGCCGUUGGCCCUCAAAGACCUGGAGUCAGUAGACCCUGAGUUUUACAACUCCCUCAUUUGGAUCAAGGACAACGACAUUGAGGAGUGCGGGCUAGAGAUGUUCUUCUCUGUCGACAAGGAGAUCCUGGGGGAAAUCACCACACAUGACCUGAAAUUAGGAGGUGGAGACAUCCAGGUCACAGAGGAGAACAAGGAGGAGUACAUCAGGCUGGUAGCAGAGUGGAGACUGUCCAGAGGAGUGGAGGAGCAAACACAGGCUUUUUUUGAAGGCUUCAACGAGGUCCUCCCUCAGCAGUACCUGCAGUACUUUGAUGCUAAAGAGUUGGAGGUGAUGCUGUGUGGUAUGCAGGAGAUCGACCUCGCGGACUGGCAAAGAAACUCCAUCUACAGACAUUAUGCCCGCAGUAGCAAACAGAUCGUCUGGUUCUGGCAGUUUAUCAAGGAGAUGGACAAUGAGAAGAGAAUGAGGCUGCUGCAGUUCGUCACCGGUACCUGUCGCCUGCCUGUAGGAGGCUUCGCUGACCUUAUGGGAAGCAAUGGUCCUCAGAAGUUCUGCAUUGAGAAGGUGGGAAAAGAAAACUGGCUUCCCAGAAGUCACACGUGCUUUAACAGACUGGACUUGCCGCCCUACAAGAGCUACGAGCAACUAAAGGAGAAGCUGAUGUUUGCCAUCGAGGAGACCGAGGGCUUCGGACAGGAGUGAGAGAAUCCAGGAGAGGUUUAAGAGUGGGUGCAGGAGUCUGAAGGAAUAAACGCCACCAGUGUUCAAAUCAGGGAGACUCUUCAGAGUCGGGGGAAGGGUUGGUGUCUGUGUUUAUGCACAUGCAUGCAAGCACCUGUACGGUACUUCUGCAGGUGCAUCUGCAAGACUGCAUGUCGUUGCACAGGAGGAUUUUGGAAGUGGCUGUCUACCGUACACACCACGUUCAUAGCAGAUGUGAAAAUAUUAUAUUUCUUCGAAACCAAAACACAGAAGCUGCUCCUGUCUCUCUGAAUGUGUGGCAGUUUAUGCAUGGGUUCCUGAAAACUCGACCUCUGCGACAUCAGUCUGAUGGGACCGCAGUAGUUUUCCCUUCCACACUCGUGAUCAUGUAACGGCAUGCAGUCAAGUUCUCAAAUCUCAUGAGCAGCAACGUGAUUUUUUUUUCUUAUAAAGUCGCUUGGCUUAAAGACAAAUUUUAAAGCAAACUUGUGAGAGUGCACUUCUUUUAAAACUGGAAAACGUUUCACCAAAAAGUUUAUUCUGUUGCUCUAAGAUAGUUUUGGGUUUUUUUCAUCAUGAAUGACAUUUCCCGUCAUCCUCUUUGCGAGAGUGCUCCAAAUUAACACUUAGAUAACAAUGUUCGUGCUUCAGAAAUUAUGAGUUAGGAGAGAAACAGAUUUGUGUUCCUGCUUCUACAGUGUUGUAUCUGUGAAUGACUUGAUUGUGAAAAGUGUUGUAACCUCCAUUAUUUAUAGUGGUGGAAGACUUGAGCAGAACUUUAACUGACCCUAGUUUUAUAGGGCCAGAGGCUGGACCGGACGAGACGUCUUAGAUUACAGCGCUCUGGGAGAAUCUUCUAGAUUAUUCAUUUUAAUAUCAGCUGCAGACAUUUUACACCAUCCUCCUGUUGUGUUGUGUCCUUGUGAACCAAUCAGGAUGAAGAAAGUAUUUUUAGACACAAUGUGAGUUCAAGAUCAGAACAUUAAAGCUUUUCAAAAACACUACAAAGUGGAAAAACACCAAAUUCCUGUCAAACCAAAUCUAAAAGAACAUUUUGAUUCAUGCUUAACAAGCAGAAACUUCAUGUGGCUCUUCACACACGUGUAGAAUUUGAAGGUUAGUGAUGGGGAUGUUUGCUUAGUUUAACUGUUUAUGUCUCAUAUCAAACCACAAAAUUAACAGGAGCAAUAAAUGGUACUGUCAAACCAUUGUCUUCCAAUCUGAGUAUUUUCACAUCUAACAGUCAAAAUUCCUCUUAAGUAAAAAUGUAAUAUCUGACACGUGUGGAAUGAUAAAAUGAUGUGGUUGUGCUUUAAUUUGAUUUUAAUAGUUAAUAGUUUUCAGGUUGUAGGACUCACAAGUUCACUUUGAUUUAAAGAUGAACUGAUUCGAUUUGGGAGGUCAAAGUUCAAGGUCACACCUCGCAAAACUUUUUUUUGGCCUCUUGAACAUGCUUCAUCAUGAACCUGCCUUAGAGAAUUUCUUCAAAUUUUGACGAGUGGUCACUCGGACUCAAAGAUAAUCAAUUCGAUAUUUGUGGUCAAGGUCACAGGGCCCUUAUAUGAGUGACGAAAAAUAAAAAAGUAUGUAAACCUAAACUGGAGUGGCUGGCGGAGGCAUACGACCACAGUUGAACAUGUGACGAUUUUUGAUAAAGAUUGUUUGUUCCUCAACACCCAACACUGUGUGUGUACAGAACAGUGUUUAUAAUACAAUAACUGUGAAUACUGGUUCUGUUUGGCAAACGUUAAACAGCGUCUUAUCAACAGUACCGGUAGUGUGCGUGCUCAUUUUGGAGUUUCCUCUUGAAUUAUUUAUUCGACCAAGGACACAGGUUUGGUUACAGCUCUCAGCCUUUAGGAAGCUUUAUCUCCACCCUCAGGCAUCACAUGUCUUGUUUCAGCAGCUUGAUGUGAGCAGACGACGACGAUGAUGAUGAUGAUGAUGAAGAUGAUGAUGAACCUUAUGGUCAAAAUAAUUGUUCUAAAACUGCACUAGUGAGGAAAAGACUUGAUCUGAUGGCAUGUGGCCUGAUUCUCUGUUAAUCCUGACUCUAUGGAGGAUAAUGAAGUCAGAGACAAAGUUGUGAUAUAACGAAUGUACCAUGAUGAUAUGAUGAUUGCUAAUCUCAUUAACAUUUUUUCUUGCCCCCCCUAACAGAGUGUGGUUUUUGUUAUAGGGUCAAUGACAUAAUAACAUCCUGGGUAUAUAGUAGUUAAGUGAAUAUGUAAAUAUGAUAAUUCACUUUAUUUAUCUGUUCUCCAGAAUGUUCCAUGCACAACUCAACCACUGUCUCUCUCCUGUAUAUUGAAAACAAGUUGUAAAUGGUGUCAAUAACAACAAUUUCUUUUGUAAAAGAAUGGUUUUAAUAAGAGGUUUACGGUAACUCUAUAUUUUCUUUUCCCUGUUUAAUUUCUGAUGUACAUGAAAGAUGUGUAAUAUAGAAAUU